AUGACCCUCACAAUCCACCACCUGGGAAUCUCCCAAUCCGAACGCAUCCUCUUCCUCUGCGAAGAACUCGGCCUCUCAUACACCCUCGUCCACCAUACCCGCUCCCCUCUAACAUCCCCCGAAUCCCUCAAAUCCCUCCCGGGAAACUCAACAGGAAAAUCCCCCUUCAUCGUAGACGACAAAGACGGCGUAAAUCCCCCUGUAACUCUAAGCGAAAGUGCAGCAAUCAUCACCUACAUCAUCGAGACAUACGGAGGAGGCCGCCUCUCCAAAAAACUCCACGACAAAGGAUUCGUAGAAUACACCUAUUGGUUCGCCUACAUAGCAGGAAGUCUCCAACCAACCCUCAGCACAGCAAUGAUGAUAGGGAUAUCGGGUCUUCCCUCGGAUAGCUUCCUGGUGGGAUUCUCCGCGGUCUCCGUACGCAGCGCUCUCCAACUCGUGGAUGAGAGAUUGGGACAAGCGAAGUGGUUGGCGGGAGAGGAUUUCACGGCGGCGGAUAUCAUGGCCAUGUAUUCCCUCUCCACGGGCAGAUAUWGGAAUGCGGUGAGUUUGGUGGGGUUUAAGAAUAUUGUGCGGUGGUUGGGAGAUGUUAGUACGAGACCUGCGUAUCGGAGGGCUAUGGAGAAGGGGGAUCCCGAGAUGGAGUUGUUGGUUGGGGAGGCGGGGCCGGAGAAGAGUUUGUUGGCGCUUGGGGGCGUGGAGAGUGAUUCUUGGAAGAAGAAGACGGUGACGACAAAGGUGUGA